AAAUAAUUAAAUAAUUUUAUGGAUGUAAGAAUUUGCCGCCGAUUUUCCGCCAUUUUAAUUUAUAAAAACAUAAACAAAAGACCGAAUUAUGAAUUGAAGCCUUUCCUUUAAUAAACGACGAAGCCUAGCAAUAAUAUGUAUAUUAAACAGGUUAUUAUUCAAGGUUUCCGGAGUUAUCGUGAGCAAACUGUGGUGGAACCAUUUAGUAGUAAACAUAAUGUUAUAGUUGGCAGAAAUGGGUCUGGAAAAAGUAAUUUCUUCUAUGCGAUCCAGUUUGUGCUGUCUGACGAGUUCAGUCAUCUGCGACCCGAGCAGAGGCAGGCCCUGUUACACGAGGGCACUGGUCCCCGCGUCAUCUCUGCCUUUGUGGAGGUCAUCUUUGACAACUCAGACAACAGGAUUCCUAUUGAAAAAGAUGAAGUUGUGUUGCGUCGUGUGAUCGGCUCAAAGAAAGACCAGUACUUUCUGGACAAGAAAAUGGUCACGAAAGGUGAUGUGAUGAACCUGUUAGAAAGUGCUGGCUUUUCUAGAAGUAAUCCCUAUUACAUAGUGAAGCAGGGAAAAAUCAACCAGAUGGCCACUGCGCCGGACUCCCAGCGCCUGAAACUGUUGAGGGAGGUGGCGGGCACUAAGGUGUACGAUGAGAGGAAGGAGGAGAGCAAGGAAAUCCUCAGAGAAACUGAGGGUAAGCGAGAGAAGAUCAACGACCUGCUAAAGUACAUUGAGGAGCGACUGAUGACUCUGGAGAAUGAGAAGGAAGAGUUGAAGGAGUACCAGAAGUGGGACAAAAUGAGGAGGUCCCUGGAGUACACCAUUCACGACCACGAGUUGAGGGACACCAAAAAGAAGCUAGAUGAGCUGCAGGACAAGCGAGACAACAGCGGAGCACAGACCCAGAAAUACAGAGACCUCCAGCAGGCGGCCAAUGAUAAAGUCAAGUCGAUCCAGAAGGACCUGAAGGAUCUGAAGACGCGCACCCAGACUGUACAUGAGGAGAAGGACAUGCUGCAGACAGAGAACCAAGAGUCCACCAAGGAUAAGGCCAAGCUGGAGCUCACCAUCAAAGACAUGCAGGAGGACCUCGAGGGAGACGCUAAAACCAAGAAAAAGUUAGAAGAGGAGCUCCGCAAGUGUAACGAAAAGAUUGCUAAGACCCAGAAGAGCCUUGAAAGUAUCACACCACAGUACGAGUCCCUGAGAGACAGGGAGGAGAAGUGUACACAGGAGUUGGCGGCAGCAGAGCAGCGUAGGAAGGAGCUGUAUGCCAAGCAGGGGAGAGGUAACCAGUUCACCUCCAGAGACGAUAGGGACAGCUGGAUCAAGAAUGAACUCAAGUCUCUCAACAAGGCCAUCAAAGACAAGGAGGAACAGAUCCGCAAGCUGACAGAGGACACUGGUCAGGAGGAGAAGCGGCGUGAGAUGUUGGAGACCCGGAUCACAGACAUCAACCAGCGCGUGGAGCAGCACAAGGAGAUCAUUGAGUCCAACAACCGCAGCUACAACGAGAUGAAGGGCAAGAAAGACGAGCUCCAGAACGAACGGAGUGCAUUAUGGAGGGAGGAAAACGUUCUACAACAGAACCUUGUGUCUCUACGAGAUGAGCUUAGCAAGAAGGAGCAGGGUUUGAGGUCCAUGACAGGCAAGGCUACACUGAAUGGUAUACUGAGUGUUCAGAAGGUGCUACAGUCCUUCAAAGAGCAGGGCAUCAACCAGGAGCUUAUUGACGGAUACUAUGGCACGCUCAUUGAGAUGUUUGACUGCGACAAGACGUUCUUCACUUGUGUAGAAGUCACUGCUGGGGGAAGACUGUUUCACCACGUCGUGGACAGUGACCGCACUGGUACCGCAAUCCUGCAGGAGAUGAACAGAAAGGGGCUGCCAGGGGAGGUAACUUUCAUGCCUCUCAACAGGCUUGACAACAGAGACACUAUCUACCCAGAAACAAAUGAUGCCAUACCGAUGAUCAGCAAGCUACGCUACUCUGACAAAUAUGCCGCCGCACUGAAGCAUGUGUUCUCUAAGACAUUGAUCUGUCGUAGCAUGGAAGUGGCCACCCAGAUUGCACGCACACAGAAUCUGGACUGCAUCACACUAGAUGGUGACCAGGUGUCCAGGCGAGGUGCCCUGACAGGUGGUUACUAUGACAACAGGAGGUCGCGACUAGACCUUCACAAGUCCAAGGAGGAGUAUGCAACAAAGGUCGCCACCAUGGAGACACAGUACAAUGAGCACAAGACCAAGCUAGAGGACAUAGAGGGACAGAUCAAUAACCUGGUGUCUGAGAUGCAGCGUAUGGAGACAAGGAACAGCAAGAACAGGGAUAACUUUGAGAAGAUGAGGGGAGACGUGCGCCUCAUGACAGAGGAGUUAGCCAACCUAACCAAGAGUCAGCCUGGCAAGGGUCGCAGUGUGAGUAACUUCCAGAAGGACCUUGAGACUAUGAAGAACACAGCGAUGUCCCUGAAGGCUGAGCUGGGUACUGACCUGCUGUCCCAGCUUAGUGCAGAGGACCAGGGGGAGAUGGACGGGCUCAACGACCAAAUCAAGCAGCUCACACAGCAGAACAAGGACUCACUCAAAGAGAGGAUCAGGUUGGAGGGUGAGAAGAACAAGUUGGAGAACCUGCUACACAACAACCUGGUGAAGAAUCGAGAGCGUAUCCAGGCCGAUAUGGAGGAGGAAGAGGGGCUCACCAAGAAAGACAAGCUGGACGCCUCUGAUGAGAGGCUGAGAAAGGUCGACCAGAGGCUCAACGAGAUCAAAAACAGCAUCAAAGAACUUGAUGACACACUGGAAAAGUUGAACAAAGAGCAGAAAGAGUUACAGACCAACCUUGAGUACUGGAAGGGACAGGAAAAGGAGAUACAAGACAAGCUUGGUGAUGACUCCAAAGAACUGGACAAGAUGACCAAUAAGCAGUCGGUUCUCCUUAGAAAGAAAGAUGAUUGCAUGAAGAAGAUCCGUGAACUUGGCUCGCUGCCUAGCGAUGCCUUUGAGAAAUAUCAAAAUCUCAACUCUAAGCAGCUUUUCAAGAAGUUGGACCAGUGCAAUGCUGAGCUGAAGAAGUACAGCCACGUUAACAAGAAGGCUCUUGACCAGUUUGUCAACUUCACUGAACAGAAAUCCAAACUGAUCUCUAGGAAAGAGGAGCUUGACAGAGCACAUACUUCCAUUCUGGAGCUGAUGAAUGCCUUGGACCACAGAAAGUACGAGGCCAUCCAGCUCACAUUCAAACAGGUGUCCAAGUUCUUUAGUGAGAUCUUCAAGAAGCUGGUUCCCGACGGUCAUGCAGUGCUGGUCAUGAAGAAAGGGGAUACAGACCAAGGGGGUGAUGAUGAUGAUGAAAACCAAUCCAAGGAAGUGCCACUUGUGGAGCAGUUUACAGGUGUAGGAAUAAAGGUGUCGUUCACGGGUAACAAGGCCGAGAUGCGGGACAUGCAGCAGCUGUCUGGAGGGCAGAAGUCACUGGUGGCCCUCACCCUGAUCUUUGCCAUCCAGAAGUGUGACCCCGCCCCCUUCUACCUGUUUGAUGAGAUUGACCAGGCACUGGACUCACAGCACAGGAAGGCAGUCGCUGACAUGAUCCACGAGCUGUCCCAGGAUGCACAGUUCAUCACCACAACAUUCAGACCUGAGCUACUUGAACAUGCUGACAAAUUCUAUGGUGUCAAGUUCAGAAAUAAGGUGAGCCACAUUGACUGUGUUAGCUAUGAGGAGGCACAGGACUUUGUUGAGGACGACACAACACACGGAUGAUCUACCACCAUAUUGCUUUUAAUUGACUCUGAAAGAAAAUAGCUAAAAAGUUGUUUUUAAAAACGUCUGGUUUACUCUUGCUAAUCAUCCAUGAUUUAUAAUCAGUUUUUGUGUUGGUAUUUUUAAGAAAUUUUUGUUGCUUUUGUCAGCACAACACAAGACAUGUGAGACGUGUUUGGAUGAUUACCAAAUAUUAAGAUUUGAUUUAAUCAUGAUCUAUUUGACUAUGGCUGAAAUCGCUCCUGUGUGUCCAGUAUUUGACAUGUCUAGACACAUUAAAAAGUUGUAAGUAGUUUGGCAAAUCUGAUUGAUACUGACUGUAAUAUUAAAAUGGUUGCACUGUUCCAUAGAUCUGGUUUUAUUGCUGUAUAUUCUUGACAAUGCAAUACAUGUAGACAACUUGACUCGCCCCAUAGUUAACUGUAUUAAAAGUGUCAUUUUUGUGACACUUGUUUUUUGUGUUCACUUGUUUCAUCACAAAAAUAAUUGAAAUAACGUCCAGCAUUAAAUUUAAUAGAGAUCCUUGUAACUUAUUUUCAAUUUCUUCAUUGGAAUAUUUAUGAUUCCAGUCUCAGAAACACUUCUGAAAUUGCAUUUUAAGUGAAAUUAAAGUAUGUUGAUCUCAUGAAAAUCAAUAUAAGUCACUGAAAAUGUGUUGGUAUACAUUGUUAGUUGUAGAACAUUUUGAAUAUUGAAAAUAUUUUUCAUUUUUACAGGUUAGCCAUUUUCGGUAGUUAUAUCAUUUGAAAUGUUUCUGUGUGUAUUUAGAUUAACCAUUAAAUAUCAUGAAACAUC